AUGGAGUUAGACACUAGUACACCCAAUGGCAAGCCCGAAUCACGGCGCAAGUCCGGAAGAGUGGUGAGGCAACCAGCAGUCUUCUCUCAGGAGCAUCACAUUGGCAGUGUCGUCACAAACGGUGCAUCGAAGCGGAAACGAGGAAACAACGUCUCCACGGAGCACGUAGAAGAAGAAGAGCAGGACGUCUCGUCCGAACACGACAGCGAUGACGAGGAAGAGGAAGAGGACGAUCCUGAUGAGGAGGAGUUGAAAGAACAGCGACGCGCGAAAAGAGCCAAAGCAGCAUCCGCAAAGCCUGCCUCGAAGCGAGCGAAGACGACGACCGGGCCCAGCACAACUUUGGCCAUUCGCUCAGCCAACGUUCGGACUAAGCCUGCUGCAAAGACGGCGAAAACACAAAGGGCACGUGCUCGACCGAGCCAGGCGCAGCACCAAGGACUCUACGCAGAAGUGUUUGGAAGGGGUCAGUCGCCCGAAGAUGCCGCCUCGGUCUGGUUUGAAUCCGUGCAAAAGGACAGCGUUGCGGCCCUGCGAGAUUUGGUCAAUUUUGUCCUGCAAUGUAUCGGAUGCGACUCCAAGGUGGAAACACAGGAUAUUGAAGAUCUAGAUUCAGUGCCCAACAAGCUUGGAGAUGUGCUUCAAGAGUAUGAGCAGCAGAAGGCUACCGAUUAUCCUCUCGCAUCCAAACAAAAACAGUAUGCCGGAUUCCAGGAUGUGUUGGAAGAAUUCUUCGCGGCCAUCAUCAAGUCACUGCACGCGUCUUCGGCGUUCUAUGACCAACCCGAGAUCUACGACAACAUCCACGUCUGGGUUGCCACCAUGUCUGGUGCUAACUACAAGUCGUUCAGGCAUACAGCCACAAUAAUUUCGUUAGCCAUGACUACUGCUCUCUGUGAGGUCGCGAAGGAGAUUCAAGAUACGAUGGCGACGCUAAAGAACCAACUUGAUGCCGAGAAGAAGAAAAAGAACGCCAAUAAGGGCCGGAUAAAGACCAUCGAGGAGAGCCAGAAAGCUGCAGAGACGAAGCUGGCGGCGAUUGACGCACAACUGAGGGAUGUGUUCGACACAGUUUAUGUGCAUCGAUACCGAGACGUCGAGGAACGGAUUCGUGCUCCCUGUGUUGCAGCACUUGGUGAUUGGAUCGUGCUCUACCGCAAAAUGUUCCUUGAAGGCCAAUACUUGCGUUACCUGGGAUGGGUGCUCAACGACACGAGCGCUCCCACCAGGCUCGAGGACAUCAAACAGCUGAACAGACUUUUCGCCAACAAGCACAAUAUAGCCGCUUUGAGGGCCUUUACUGAUCGCUUCCGAUCACGGCUGGUGGAGAUGGGUGCAAGGGAUGCGCACAUCAAUGUGCGCGCAGAGGCCAUUGAGCUUCUAGACCGGCUCCGUGACGCAGAAUUGCUGGAACCCGAUGAUAUUGACACCAUUGGACGGCUGAUCUUCGACAGCGAGCCAGCAAUUAGAAAAGCUGUUGCCAAGUUCUUCGUGUCCAAUCUGGAGGAUCUCUACGCGGCCACAAUCGAGGACUUCGACCAGGCUCAAUACAAGGCUGCGGUACCGGAUUCCGGCGAUGUGGAGGAUUUCAAAGUACCCAACCGAUCAUGGAUCAAAUUUAAAUGCCUAGGCUCGGUCCUCGCGGGUCACGACAAUGACGAAGAAUCUCUGGAUGAUUCCGGUCAGUCUCUGCCAUUGAACCCGGUAUCUGACUCCCGGUACACCCUUGCUACACAGUCGAUCUUCCCCUACAUGCCAGAAUUACGGCACUGGGAAGACUUGGCCGGAUAUCUCCUGUACGACCAUUCGUCCAUUCCGUCGUCCGGUGACGAUGACGACAUUGAAUAUCGAGUCCAGCAAGCCUACAAAUUGAGCACGGGCGAGGAUACGAUAUUGUUGGACGUGCUCCACGCUGCAGUCAAAUGCUAUUUGCAGUCCAUCGUCGAGUCGUCUACGAACCGUAGAACCAACGCGACAAAAGACCAGAUCCGAGAAAAGCAGGAAACCGCGGCUCAGAACCUUACGGUCAUCCUUCCUCAGCUUCUGAACAAGUUCGGCAGUACACCCCAGGCCGCAUCUUCGAUUCUGCGGAUCGAGCAGCUGCUUGACAUUGGUCUGAUCAGUGACUUGCAGAGCGGAGAGGCGACGUACUCUGCAAACCUGGACGCCAUCAGCAAACAGUUCACCUCGCAUUCGGAUAAGCAAGUGCUCGCUGCCGCCAGCGCUGCAUUCAGAAAUGCUCGAAGUUACGAGCAGAGCAAAGAAGCCGCUGAUGCAAAAGUCCAGGAGAUCUGGACCGAAUCGGUGACCGCGCUGGCCAAUCUUCUCCGCGACAAAGCUGUCGGAAAUCGUGGCACCUUCGACAAACAGCUGCUGACCGAAGUCGUUGACAUUGUCAUUCGUCUGGCCGAGCUUGCCGGUGUCCACGACUGCAGCCAUAUCGUCGAAGGCAGACUGCCCUCGGGCCCUUCAAGGAAAGAAAAAGGCAAAGCCACCACUCCACACACCCUUCUCAGCCUCCUCUUUCGGCUCCUUCAACGCGGGAAACCAGACGAAGACACUACGGCGACCUUCGCGGAACUGGAAGACCAAUUGUGCACCUCUCUGCUGGAACUCUUCUCGCUCUAUUUCCGCUGGAAAGUGUUCGGGUUGAAACAAGCCGUUGCCGCGAAAGAUGAGGCUCAGCUUUCGACCACCUCGCUUAGGGAACUGGCAGUAACGCGAGCCAAUUUUGUGGACCACAUUGCACCGAUCAUCCAGAUGAGGGCGCCACUGGAUCCGGUGCGGUAUCACGCUAUCUUGAACGUCCUGGAACUCUUCGCACUGUUUACGACGAUCCGGCACAUGGCACCAGACAAGGGCGAGCUGGGUGAGGAAGUCGAGUCAGCUUUGCAGACCUUGAUCACGCAGAUCCCAGACGAAAUCGUCAGAGAAAUUCUCCUGACGUUCGAGAAGACCGAGAAGUCUUUCGCCAGGAAAACGCACCGCAAGGUCGAGACGAGUAGUAGCAAGGAGAAGAAAGGCGGCCGGGCCAAAAAGACGGCCGAAGCGGAGGAACAGACGCAGGAAGAGAUCGAACGACCGCCCGAGGACUCGGACGAUGAAGACGAGGCGCGCGAAUCUGGCACCGAGGACGACGACGGAAGCGCCGCCGACGAAGACAUCACCGAAGAAGGCGUGAAGAGCAAGAACGCGAAGAAACAGGCCGCCCUACUAGCCGAACAGUCCCUCUGCGAACUCACGUCCAAGAUCAUCUUCGCCGUCCUGGGCGGUGCGAUCAAGGAUGAUGGGGACGUCAAACACCGCUUACUGCUGAACCGAGGCAAGCUCGGCAAGAAUUACUCCGUCCUCGUGGGAUACCUUGAGAGCGACAAGAAGAAGAAUAAGAAAGCCUCUUCCGCCGCGAAGAAGGGCGGCGGGAAGAAAGCAGACGCCCAGAAAGGCAAAGGGAAGACAACAGGCGACAAGGAAGGAUCGGUGGUACUCGAGGAUGACGAUAUUGACGAUCCCGAUCUCGAUCCCGACGCGCCUGACGAGCCGGAGGUCGAUGAAGAGGAAGCUCAGCGGCAGAGGGAGUUACAGGAGGAGGAGGAGGAGGAGGAUGACGACGAGGCUGCUAAUGGAGAUCAAGAUCGGAACGCGGAAGCUGAUGAGGAGCAGGAGCAGCCCGAGGGCGUGCCUGGCGAGGAGGACGACAUUAUGGGUGAUUGA